AUGUGGGCGCGCGGUGCGCGGGCGCUGCGCCGCGGCGCGCUGCUGCUGCCGCUGGCGUUGACCGCGCUGGCGCUGUUGCUGCUGCCGCGCCCGCCGCCGCCCGCCGCGCCCUCGCGGCUGCCCUCGCCGCCGCCGACGCGCGACGACCUCCGCUUACAGGUGACCGAAAGCGUGGAGGUGGUUGCGCGCGAUGUGGAUGAAAUCUCGCAACGUGAGUGGUUCUUAAGGGGCGGGGAAAAGCGGCCGCAGCGACACGAUCCCACGGCCAAGAUCUUUCCAGAAGACGCGCCUGGCGAGGACAGGAUCUACGAGCAGCUGAUGUACACGUUGCCAGACGACGAAGAAGUGCCCGUUAAGAAAAUACUGCUGGCGAACGGCCUCGGCGCCUGGGGUGUGUCCGGGGGGCGGACCGAGUUCAUCAGGAACAAGUGCCCCGUGGACCGGUGCUCGCUGACAGCGGACGCCCGGGAGGCGGGAAAUGCGGACGCCAUCUUGUUCAAAGACCACCACACGCCGUUCAACGUAAAACGUCCACCGAAUCAGAUAUGGAUACUGUACUACCUGGAGUGCCCUUACCACACCGCAUCGUUGCGGCCUUCUUCCCUGGACGUUUUCAACUGGACGGCGACUUACCGCCGGGACUCUGACAUCGUGGCACCCUACGAGCGCUGGCAUUACCACGACCCGCGCGUCACAGAAAAGGACUUGGACAAGAACUACGCUGCUAACAAGACCAAAAAGGUCGCGUGGUUCGUGUCCAACUGCCACGCGCGCAACCGUCGGCUGCAGUACGCGCGCCAGCUGGCCAAGCACAUAUCGGUGGACAUCUACGGCGCGUGCGGCUCGCGCCACUGCCCCCGCGCGGACCCCAACUGCCUCGAGAUGCUCGACAACGAAUACAAGUUCUACCUGGCGUUCGAGAACUCCAACUGCCGCGACUACGUCACGGAGAAGUUCUUCGUCAACGGGCUGCAACACAACGUCCUGCCGAUAGUGAUGGGCGCGCGGCCGUCGGAAUACGCGGCGGUGGCGCCCCACAACUCGUACGUGCACGUUGAGGAGUUCGCCGGCCCCGAGGAGCUCGCCGCCUACCUGCACCGGCUCGACCAGGACGACAACCUGUACAAUUCAUACUUCAAAUGGAAGGGAACGGGGGAGUUCAUCAACACGUACUUCUUCUGCCGCGUGUGCGCGAUGGUGCACGCGAGCGGGCGCCGCCAGCGCAGCGCGCACUACUCCGACGUGCAGGCGUGGUGGCGAGAGGCGGCGUGCACGCGUGCGGACUGGCGCGCCGCCGGCCGCGAC